CUUUUUGUUGACGCGGAGAAAUUCGGCGUGUGGACAGUUGUAAUUCGUCAGAAGAACUGGCAGGAACUGUUUCGUUUACAAUCAGACAAAUACAACCAAAUAUGUCGUAUAUAUCGCGGAAAAAGGAAAAAAAUCUAUGGGAUGAAAUAUGUAAAGAAUUUGCUCUCAUGCGUCCACCAUUCCAGGUGGAUGAUGAUGGAGGAUCAGUCGUCACAGAGAUCAUCGACUACAACCCCGCAGCUCAUUCACCUGUCAUGUUUGGUCACAUGUAUGAGAAGGUAGAACAUGCCGACACAGACCUUACCAGUGAAUUCAAUCCUGCCGUCUCUCACCCAGCAGUUGUAGGCUACACCAUGAUAGAGAAGCCCUCCCGGGAACCGACCCCUCGCCCAGCACCAAAACCCCCCAAAGACACUUGUACACCAAGAGAGUACCAGGAACACUAUAUCUUCCCCAUUCUGCUGCCAGCAUUGCUAGCAAUGCUAAAGCAAGCCAAAAAGGAAAGGUGUUUUGAGAGGAGGCGCUUUCGCUUCAAUGGUUUAGAUUUUUUGACUGAGUACCUUUGGAGGCAUAAUCCAGGCAUGACUGGCAGGGAACAUGACAACCUUGAUGAGAUCCCAUUUGUUAAAUCCAUCCUUGCUGAAAACCCGAGACCUCCUCUUCCACUUUCUUUGAUUUGGAGUGAGGUUGAAGCAGCCACUAUCAUUCAAUCUUUCUUCAGAGGAUAUAAGGUCAGGAAGAUGGAGCACAUCCAGGAGCUGCGGCAAUGGCAGAAAGAGUGGCGGGAGGAGAACGCAAACAUCAAGGACAAAGUGGAGCACUUCUGGAUGGAGCAUGAACCCGGUCCAGCCCAGGAGGAGCUCCGUCGGAGUGCCAAGCACAACAGGAGCCAGGGAUACCCAGCUUGCUUCAGGCUCCGAACAUGGAGCCCCAGCCCGGAGCCAGUCCCAUCUCCGCCAGAGCUGGAGGUGGAUGCUUCGGAGGUGGAUGGCACGACGACAGCUGGGGAUCAGUUAUCGCGUACAGCUGCGACAGAGAGGACAGGCUCUGUAGCUUCGACUGUCCCGUCAACAACAGUUUCGUCAAAUAAGAGGACAAUUGUGUCGUAGUGGAAUUGACAAGAAAAUUAAUGGUCUUUCAAGAACUGUGUAUGUGCACUGGUUAAACCUAUGGAGAGUGUAGCAAAAUGAAUUAAAAGAUGGAUGAUAUUUCAUUAAGCUGUAAGUUUUAAGUUGUUCAAAGCUUUAAUAGAGCUUUAUGAAAUGCCCCCCCCCCUCCCUCCCGACGAUUUAUAAAGAUGGUUAUGUCAAGCCUGAUCCAUGCAAACAACAUGCAUAGACUGGUCUCUUCAAACAAACUUUGUCAGUGUAUGCAUGCUUGUCAUUGUCAUCUAUUUCCAUGCAAGGGCUCACUUAAGUAGUAAUUGUUAGCAAAAAUACAUAAAGCAUCACCAAUAAAACUUUACCACUUUUGCAACAAAGCUCAAAAAGAAUUUUUCUUAGUGUUCAGAUACAAUGUGAUAAAUCCCUGAUGGUAUCACAUGCUUCAUAUGGUAUCAUAUCUAUCAAGACUAUCCAAAGUUGUGCAGACAGUCUUAUAAUGCAGUGAAGAUUUCAUUUUGAUAUAGAAAGCAAUUUUAACCCUAAGACUGCGGGGGGGGGCUGAUUCAGCCCCCCGACCUUCGACAUUUUUCGCGA